UGAAGCUGCCAGUCGAGAUAAAAAUGCAUUUUUUUUUGUAUUUAAUGAUAUGAAGGAAGCUUUCGACAAGUUUGAAAUUGAGAGAAACCGCAUUUAUAAACCAAAAUAAACGUAAUUAGUUAAAACCUCUCGUUCAAAAUUAAAUUCCAUUCAGUAUCAAAACAUGUUCGAAAAACUGAUAUUUUAAUCGAGUCGGUAGAAAAAAAAAACGUUCAGCCCAUCGAGCACCGAGUAAAAUCCGUAAUCUGCGCCUAUGUUGCGAAUACUUUGCAAGUUUCCUUGAAUGUACGUCGUUUCAUUCAUAAUGGCGGCCUCCCAUUCAUAAAAAGCUACGACUACGUUCGGAAUUCGGCCGGCGGUCGCGCCACUAUCGUCCUGCCUUGCACUCCUACCCGCGCAGCUUCAGUCUUCACCGAAAUGUCAUAGAGAGAGAACGUUUCGCCGUUGUUAUAAAUACGACGUUGCCGCAUUUCAUCGGAGUUUCGAAAAAAAUAAUAAAAAAAAAAUCGUUUCAGUGAGUGUAUGUUGUGGAAAAAAUGUUGGAUUAUCUUCUGAAGGAGGGUUCAGUGAGUUGGGAGGCAUUCUCUUCUGCAGUGUACAGUUUAAUACACUGGAGACGAUGACGGACCUCGGUGCAGGCUGGUUCGGACGUUAAUUCCGACCACAUGGCUAACCAUGGAGGGCUCACGUCCCUGCCGCGCGCUCACCGUCCGCGGGCGCCUAUAAUGAAUGUUCCUCCAAUAACGGCUCCAUUGGCACCGUUACGGCCCGCUCCGCCUGUUACUUUGAAUGUUCCUAGGCCAGAAAAUGAACGCGCCACCAACGAAUACGUCGAGACCCCUUUUAAGGUAUCGUCGCCGCCGGCGACGAGCCCUUCGCCGCCGCCGCAUCCUCCAAGGACCCUGCAGAGGCCAACUAGGCUCGUAUUACCUACCAUUAGCAAGCAGCCGACGUCGACACAAGCAGCGGCUGCUACAUUUAGCAAACAACCGCCAUCGGAAUGUACGUCUACAUCGAUCGUGUGUCCGGAGUGUGGUGGGUGUAGGUGCGAAUCAUGUCAAAUACCUCGGGCGCUACCCGAAAAGUGGGUGUGUAAUUCCUGUCUCUUUUCCGCGGAUAGUGUCAUUGACUAUGCUUCUUGCUUGUGUUGUGUCAAGGGAUUAUUCUACCACUGCAGCGAUACGGACGGUGGGGAAAGUUGUGCGGACGAUCCGUGCGGAUGCGGACCCGAUAGAAGGACGGCUCGAUGGAGCUGUCUGGCCACCCUUUCGUGCGUGCUACCUUGCCUUUGGCUUUACUGGCCUCUUAGAGGCUGCAAGAAAGCGGUGGAAGCUUGUUACGUGCGCCGUCCAAGAACUGGUUGUCGAUGUAGACCGCCUCUACCUACGCCGGAAAAAAGAUUAUUGGACUCGAGUUCAGAUUUUUAGUUCGCGAAUUUUAUUCACGACUGCCCAUGUGUACCUACUAUUUUAACUUUACAUUAUUAAUUUAUUUUUUUUUUGUAAAUAAGUGUAUUUUCUAACUGUUUAUAACAAUGAUAUUCCGUGCUUCUCUACUGAGUGCCCCCGUUGGAAAAGACGGUCUAAAAUAUUCAUCGACGAAAAUGAACAACAGAAAUCGAAGAAAUUUCAUAAACUAAGUCUUCCCCGCAUUUUCGGAAACGAUGAACAACAAACGAUUCGUUUCGAUCUGAUCAAACUCAUUUCGAAAUAGCGUUGAGCCAAAAAACAACUUCAACCUUCACACUUUUACCACGAGAUACAAUUCUCCAAUUCAAAAUUCUUCACGCUAAACUCCAGGAUUGGUACUUGACAUUUGGCGUUCGAAAAUGGUAAUGACCAUCAACGUUCACCGUAUUUUCUCGGUGGUAACAACUCGCAAAUAUCACCAACAGGGUAUAGACGAGGUUACUUUCUGUCGGUUUGUCGGGACGCGAAUCCAAAGUACGUAACGAAGUUAAUAUAGAAAUAGAGAGUGUGGAUUACAAGAACUCCUUUGGUUUCCACUCGAAUAGUAUCUGGAUUGUUUUUGAUCGUACGCCAUCUUAAAGUUAAAUUAAUAACUUUUCCUCUUAAAAACAGAUAGAUACAUGGUUCAUUCACCACAAAUUUUCGUGGUAAUACUAUAUAUUUCAGAUUUUUUUUGAAAUUAGAAUGAAUCCUGUCCGUUUCAGUAAAAGGAGUUAACGUCUUGAAACUCGAAGGAAAACAGUCUCUCGCGGGAGUAUUCUACGUAUUUUGAGGGUAUAUAUUAUUGAUAACCCCCAUUAUUUGUUCUCCAAGUUUACUAAUUCCUCUUCGUUUCAUAUUUUAUCAUCUUACUUCGUUUUUUUAUAGACAACGUGUGUCUUUUCUAGCUGUUUCAGUUCAAGGGCUUGGUCUUAAUCAAUCUAGGUUAGAUUCGAAACAUCAUCGAUAGUUUUGGACAAUUUUCUAGUCUUCUACGUGCUUUUUUAAGUUUCUGCAGUCACUAUCGACUAUUCCCUUUGGGAUAUUUAGCGCGGAAAGAAAGUCUCGAAACUUAAACGUCACAUCUCGUAGCACGAGAUUACCUUUCAUUUUUUUUUUUGUUGUUCAGUUUCGAUUUUGAAUAUUUUAUGGUAGUUUUGGCCAUAAAUAUUUAUAUUUUAGUUUUUUUUUUUUUUGGGAGGGACGGGGGGAAAUUAAUUGUAACGUUGGCCGGGCACCAGUGAACCACCGCGGGUCUCCAGUAUUAUCUAGUCCAAAGUCGAGGUAGUCUUUUAAAUUGGUUUUUGUUUUAUGAAAAUCAUAUCGAGAGAACGUCUACGGGGACGGUUGAUUUUGUACAAGAUUUGGAAAAAAAAUUGUUAAGACUGUAAAGACCAAUUUAAAGUGACGUGAGUGUGAAUGACAGAAUGUUUGCGUGUUGUAUGUCUUUGGAAUUAUUCAAUUUUUUUUUUAAAUAAUUUAUUAAAUAUAUUUUCAUGUUAUGGUGGAUGCUGAGAGCUUUAUUGAGGGGUAUUUUCGAGAAAAAAAACAUUGAACAGUUGGUUUGCCGUACCUAUUAAUUUUUUUUUAUUAUUAUAGAAAGAAAUAUAAAUAUAUAAUUCCAAAGAAACACAAUUAAUUAACAAAAUUUUUAGUUCGCUAUUCAACGUAUCCAAUCUUACAAAAUUUAUUAUAGUCCAGUCAAUUUAGGUACGAAUUUCGGAAUAAGAGAUACCCGGCGAUAUAACUGCCCUCUAUCUCAAAAACAGUUCGAUAUAUAAAAUUUUUUUUUAAACAAAAGUUAUAGAGAAUCUAUUUUUGUACAAUAUUGAUAAUAAAUACAAAUAGCGUAAAAUCUAUAGGUAAGGAGAUAUUUGGCAAAAAAUUUGGUGACGUUUCAUCUCCGAUUUUUACAUCAAAUCAUGGGGUAACUUCGUGGUAUAGAAAAAUUUAUUAUUUAUCCUCAAUACUUGAUCAUUUUCUUCCUUUUUUUGUCAAGUUUUUCCACACGUUUGACAGAAAUCGCCAUACUACGUGCAAUCUUCGUCUAACUACACGUAUUCAAUCCAAUCUAUUUUCUUUUUGGUCCUUGUAUAAUCUUCCCCACAACAGACGCAUAAAUUUUCCCCAAAAUUUAGUCCUUUUUCUUUACGAUUGCUCAUAUUGAAACAAUUUCUCGUUUUCCAACUGGUUUUAUCUUUUCUGGACAAUCCUACAAUAUUUUUUCUGACUUUUUUAUCGUUUGGUUGAUUUGUAAUCUCAGGUUUUGCCGGAGAGAUUUCGUAAUAAUAUAAUAAUACGAGGGAAAGUCAGAAUUUACGUCGCUCUAAAACCAGACGAACCUUUCUUCAAAUUACAUUCGGAAGCUCGCGCCAUCUAACGUGAUUUCUAAAUAAUAAACGACACGAUUCAUAAAAUUACGCUUUAACUAUUAAAAAAGCUUCAGUCCAAAGACGAUGAUGACUACAAAUUCCAACAUUUCGACUGAAUUUACUCGAAAAACCAGAUUUUUGUGCCAAAUGGUGGUCCAAAUCUUGUUUUUUCCCUUUAAAACCAAUUAUUAUUUCCUUUUUGGUGGAUGUUUCCGUCGACACAUCCACUUUAGACCCCUUUCUGAUAGACAGUUCGCUCGGUCUACAAUUUAGUUGAAGACCCACUUCGACGAUAGCUGGUUCAUCCUACUUUGGGGUUCUGAUACAUGAAUUUCUGGAUGACGUCAUAGAUUGAACCAGUCGUAACCAGCUUUUCCAAUUUUAUUAUUAAACUUGAGUUUAGUUCUUGUUUUACGAAUUGGUAGGCGAUGGUUCUGUUUAAUGGAAAAUUUCGUUUUUGUAUAGAUCAUGCCCGUAAUUUUCUUUUGAGAAUUUCCGGUUUUAGUUUUACAUAGUAUGAAGAAUCCGAUAUAGACUUGACAGAACUCUGCCAUCGACAUCGGAAUACAAGUUGAAACGAGUUUAUAGUUUCGUAUCUCGUAUUCCGAGAUGAACACCCUAAAUUGACUGGACUAAUAUGGGAAUUACGUAUAUCGUCAUUUUAAUGAAAAAUUGUAUGCGAAUAUAUUAAUAUUUUUGAAAAAUAUAUAUUUAUAUAAUUGAUUUAGGCAGAAUUACACAUUACAUACUUUAUUUUUUUUUCUAACAUCAUCCCAUUUAUAAAAUUUAACUUUUUUGCUAUAAAAUUCAUAAAAAUUGUAUUUUUUAACAUUCUAAAAGUCGAUUUACAAAUUUCAACUGCUUUCUAGCGUUUUAUAAUACGAGGUAUAUCCAAAAAGUAACUUCCUUUUGGUUAUAUAUAAAAAAACGUGUACAGAUAUUACGUCACUCAAUAAGUCACGUGACUAACUAUGAAAAUCAAUUUCAUUGAUCAAUUCAAGAGCAAAACAAUCAUUCCAAUGCUUCUCCAACUUCUCGAUGUCGUACUUGUAGAAGAAUUUGUUUAUUGCCUCAAUUUCAACAAUUGCUUCUUCAUUAGACCAUUUUUUUGAGAUCAACGAAUAGUCAGUAAUCCCUGAGGGUUAUAUCUGGAUAAUACGGUGGAUUAGUAAGCAAUUCGAUCAAUUUAAACAACGUUGCCAUCGACUUGUUAAUCAGUGCGAGGUCUUGGUGAAUCAGCGAUUUUGUCUUCGACAUUUGAGGCCGUUUUUUUUUUUUUAAUUUUUGCAUUCAAACGAUCCAACAACUCAAUUUAGUAUUCGUUAUUGAUUAUUUUCGAUGGAUAUCAUUUUUGAAGCCAUUGCUGAGCUUGUACAGCUUUCUUUUCCAUCAAUUAUAAAUUAAUACACUUAUUGAAAAAAUCUUAUGAUUCGGUUAGGUAAUGUUCAAUACACAAGGCUUUUGGCCUGUCAAAACCUCUUUCUAUUGUUUUGUUCAUCUUAUAAAAUCAAUAAAAGCCCGAAAAAUGUGCUCUAUCGAAACCUAAAUAAGACAGACAUCACGUUAUAUCAAAAAUAGAUUUAAACAACAUUCGGAAUGUGUAGUAGCUAAAUUAUAGAUUAAUUGAAAUGUCUGUUCGAGACAAUUCGAUAAAUUUCUAUUUUCUUUCCUAAUAAAAUCGAAUUAAUAGUUAUAUCACGAGAUUAUAUAUUAAUUUUCUAGUAAUUCUAUUUAUAAUAUUUGUAUUAUCAAAUAUGAGUUAAUUAAAUCCAUUUAAUUUUAAUUAAUAAAUAUUUCCUCAGGAUAUUCGUCGAUAUAAUAUCAAAACAGUAGAAGUAAUAAUUUUUGUUACGUAGUCAAAAUCUAUGUUGAAAAAUAAUUAUAGUUAUUGUUGAUAACAUCCCACGAAACUUCCAAAACCUGUUAUUGAGAUUAGGUUCUUAGAAACAAUCAAUUUUUCUCUAAUACGUGACGUGGAAUCAUUUUUCCUAUUAUUUCUUUUAUUUCCUGUCAUCGAAUUCCUAGUUUUUUCCCCUUUUCUCCCGUCUUUCCUAGUUUUUGUUCCAAAAGGUUUUAAGUUUAUCUAUUUUCUUGUUCAUCGGCUCUUUUAGGUGCUUGGUCACUCAAACAACAAAGGCUUGUCAUAUUGGGGGAUCCAAUGGACCCAGAACCCAUUCUUGUUGUGGCUACUACAUCUCUCAACGGUUUGCUUGCGAGACAAGCUCUGAAGAGAUGUAUAAAGACACCUGGCAUGAGAUACCUGCUGUUUCUCACUAUGAACGAUCCUUUGAUGCUUGGAGGAGAAAGCAACUCCAAGUAGUGCUUCAAACUCCGUCCUCUAUCUGUUUCAGCCACUGUAAGAAGUGGUUCUGGUCCCAGAUUCCGAUCAUCAUGUCAACAGCAAUCCAAAAGAGUUUUUAUCGAAAGAGUUUUUGAAUCAGGACUUUUUCCUGGACCUCCACGUAUUUUCUUUGUCGAUUUUUGAUCUAUUUCUCUAACCUUGUUUUGAUUUUCUUUGUAUUCAUGUUUGUUAUACAAAAUUUUAUAAAUGGGAUGUAUUUAACGAUGUGUCACCUUGUAUGUAUGUCCUGUGGUGUGAUAAGAAAACGCUGAUAAACCUGCCUAGUCAAUUUGAUCGUUCAUAAGCGCAAUCUAAGAAAUAUUUAAACGUACUUUUAAAAAAAAUUAAAUCAACGAUUUUUUUUUCUAAUAAUUUGUAUUUGCUUCGAUAAAACCAAAAAAAAUGUACAUAUUUUGGAAAUUAUUGUAUUCCACGUAGAUUGCGUUUAUUUUUUUUUGUACUAGUACGACUAAAUUUUUUUUUAAAUCUAUCUGCGAAAAACAAAUGUUUUACAAUGAAGAAAAACACCAAAAAAAAAGCAUUAAAUGCUGACGUAGAAAAAAUAGAAAAAACAUUUGUCAUUGUAAAUAGAUGUAUGUACAGAAUGGCAUUUGAAAAACAAAAUUAUUUCGUCUAAAUGGUAAUUAGUUGUUCGAAAAGUGAUUUUCAGAAGCCAUCCUGUAUAGAGGAGGGCAGUACUCUCAAAAUGUAUGUGCCGAAAAGGCGCAAAACUAUUUGUAUACAUGUAAAUAUGGAAUUGUAAUAUUAUCUAUAAUGUUAAUAACAAAGAAAACAAAUCUA